AUGAGGAAAAACAAGGAAGAGAUCGCAAGGAAAAACGAGCAGAAUGGAAAGAAGAAUGGUAAGCCGACAAGGACGAAAGGGACAAAAAGCGGACGCGAGACGAGGCGGAGGAGAGAGAUGGGCGAGCGCAAGUCGAUAGUGCGUGCCGGCGUCGUCGUCUGCUGGCUCGCUCGUAGCGUGCUCGAUGGGAGGGUUGAUGAUGAUGUCCCCGGGGGGGAGAAGAAAAGAAGAAAACAAGUCAAGGUGUAG